GUACAUUAUGUCUUGGGUGGGUCGAUAUGCAUUGCGAGCAUUUGGAAGGCACUUUGGAUUGCAAACUUCUAAACUGCUCUUAUCCAGGCAUGUUUCUUGGCUAAAGUCAAGUUCUAAUCCUCUGUUGUCUGCAAACUUCUUGACAUCCUUUAUAAAACUAUCUCGAGCAUCUCACACAGUAGUUAAAAUGGGAGAAGGUGAAGGAGAAAACCACAGUGAUGACACAGUCAUCAGAGUAAGAGGACUACCUUGGUCAGCGACAGUAGAAGACAUAUUGAAAUUUUUUGAUGGAGUUACAAUAAAAAAUGGACGGGAUGGCGUACAUCUUACAUUAUCACGGGAAGGUCGCCCUAGUGGAGAGGCUUACAUUGAAGUUGCUACAGAAGACGAUGUUGCCUUGGCAGAGAAGAAACACAAUCAACAUAUGGGCAGAAGAUAUAUUGAAGUAUUUAAAGCAAAGAGAUCGGAGAUGGAGUGGGUUGUUAAAAGAACGGGAUAUGGCACCUUGGGUGGUGAAGAUGAAGGAUGUGUACGUUUGAGAGGUUUACCAUUUGGUUGUUCGAAGGAAGAAAUAUCACAGUUUUUUAAUGGGUUGGAGAUAGUUCCGAACGGGAUAGCUCUGCCUACCGACUACCAGGGGCGGCAUACAGGGGAGGCAUACGUUCAGUUUAUAAACAAAGAUGUUGCGGAUAAGGCCCUUGAGAAGCAUAAGGAAAAGAUAGCGCACAGAUAUAUAGAAAUCUUCAGAUCAAAUAUGGGUGAGAUAAGAGCAGCAAUGAGUCCAAAAAUGCCCAGACCCAUGGGUCCAAUGGGUGGUUACAAUAACAGACCCACUCCAUACGAUACUCGAGACCGCUUUGGAGGGAUGAAUAGAUACGGCAUGGGAGGCCGAGGUCGUACAAGAGGUUACAAUGAUUUUGAUGAUGGGCCUGGCUGGGGUGGAUCUGGAGGUUACAAUGAUGGGCCUGGAUGGCAGAAUGGCAGAGGUGGUGGCCGUGGAGGUCCUGGUGGAAUGAAGGGGAACUUUGGUGGACGAGGAAAUUGGAAUGAUACUGGCCAUUGUGUCCACAUGAGAGGUCUCCCUUUCAGAGCUACCGAGAUGGAUAUUGCUGAUUUUUUCAGACCCCUUAAUCCUGUAAAUAUUCACAUCAUUAUGGAUAACCAGAAUCGUCCCUCAGGUGAAGCAGAUAUAGAAUUUGCCACCCAUGAUGAUGCUGUAAAGGCCAUGUCAAAGGACAAAGCCAACAUGCAACACAGAUACAUCGAAUUAUUUUUAAAUUCUACCCCUGGUGGUAACAUGGGAGGCCCAGGUGGCCCCAUGGGUGGACCAGGUGGCCCCAUGGGUGGACCAGGUGGACCAAUGGGUGGUCCUGGCUCAGGUAGUUUUGGAGGAGGUGGUGGAGGUGGCGGCAACUUUGGAAGUGGGGGAUUUGGAGGAGGAUAUGGAGGUGGCAGUCGAAUGGGCGGAGGUGGUAACUUUGGAGGCGGAGGAUAUGGCAACAAUGAAGGAAUGGGGGGAGGCAUGGGAGGAGGGGGAAUGGGAAGUGGCAUGGGGGGAGGGGGGAUGGGGGGCGGUGGCAUGGGAGGAGGCCUAGGUGGUAACCUAGGUGGCGGUCUCUCUGGGAGCCUAAGAGGCAUGGGCGGUGGUGGUGGCACCGGCUUCACCACCAGUAGCUUCAGUAAUGGAUAUAAUCCCAAUAGUGGAUUUGGUCCUGGAAACCAGAUGUCAGGAAAUAACUAUAAUAGUUUUUGUUAAUCUCUUGUGUGGAAAUGUUAAAUGUUUCAAGUUUUCUUUUUUUUUAUCUUUUCUUUUCUAUUAUAUUUUGUUAUGAGUUAGGCAACAAGGAUGAAGCUGACGAAAUGAUUUAUUUGUAAUUAGACCAAGAUUGGGCCUUUCUCUUUUGGUUGAAAUUUUACUAAUGACAUUAGUAUGCAUGGAAAUCAGUCUAAUCUUCACCUAGUGUGAGUCGUAAAUUGUUUAAUAUUCCUCCUUUAGUUAGAUCGAGAUGAUGAAGAAAGUUGUAACUAGAGAUAAUUGGGAUUGAGUGAAAGUGACAUUCCAUACCAUUAAAGAAAUCUGCACGUCCCUAAAGGAAUAAAAGGGAAUGACAAAUGUAAUUUUAGGAUUUAACAUUUAAGGUCUCAAUAAAACCAGUAUAAUGUC